AUGACGGAGUCGGAAAAGCACGGCGGUGAAGACGAUCGUGCUUCCUCAGUCGAGCGCCGCCAAGCGUCUUCCGGAGAGUCGCCAUCUGGUUCGCAGCCUUGUGACUCUCCCUUCUCUUCUCCCUCUCCCUUCUCUUCUCCCUCUCCCUUCUCUUCUCCCUCUCCCUUCUCUUCUCCCUCUCCCUUCUCUUCUCCCUCUCCCUUCUCUCCUCUCGGCCCUCAGUGCGACGCCUCCAGCGCCGCUUCCGAGGCGAUGUACCCGCGGGCGGGCCAUUCCUUGGUGGAGACAAAGAGGAGGCGAGAAGACACUGCAGGCGAGAAGGACUGCGCAGAAACCGACUGUUUCGUGGAACUCGAGCACUCCGAGAGGGAAGCGGGCGCAGACGAAUGCACAGCCCUCCCGGCAGACCUCGCGAGGGGAGGAAGACGUCGCGUCUCCCUUAAACAGUUGAAGACAGCUGACGGGCAUCGGGCAAUGGACUCGCCAGGGCUGCGCCCGUGCUCGCAGGACGACGCCGCGACGGGGGACAGUCCCCGCGAAGGGGACAGUCGAACUUCGCCGCGAGGAGACACCUCAGACGUCGCGCUGGAUCGCUCGGGGAGACGCGCGAGCAAAGAGGGCGAAGACGCGACAGAUGCACCAGAGAGCGGAGCGUCUUUCGCUGGCGAAGAGAAGCGAGACCCAGACCCCUCGACGCGUGGAGCUGCGGAGACGGACAAGCAGAUCCCUCCUGGUGCAGAAAGCAAAGCCGAUGAAGCCGCGAUCGCCGAUGCCGCAGCAGGGGAAAGGCCGUGCAGCGCGCUCCCUCGAGUGUCCACUGACGCUUCCUCUUCCGUGCCGGCUCUCGACAUCGUAGCAGACGACGACGCGGAGGAGGAAGAAGAAGACCUCGGAGAAGUCCUGGUGGUGAACGUGAAGUGGGGAGGAAAAAUGUACGACGUGCCGCUCUCGCUGCCCGACUUUGAGUGCUUCUCGCUCGGCGACUUCAAAGAAAGGCUGCAACAACGGCUCUCUGUGCCCGCCGACAAACAGAAACUGCUGGGCCUCACCAAUGCCCAAGGCGGUGCGGCGAAGGACACCGACCUCUUUCGUUCUCUGCGCUUCAAAAAGGAGCGGCAAAUGAUGCUGAUUGGAAGCACCGACGCUCAGCUCCUCGCUGCUGCGCAAGCGCACGCCGCCGCGCUAGCCGAGAGUGACAGUGUUGUUGACGACUUUCUCGCCUCGCCAAGCGGUGGUGCGCGUUUUUCUGAGGACGAACUUCGCACGCCGCUUCACCUGGAGCGCCUCGACAUGGCGCUGGAGCGGACGCGAAUCCAGCUGUUGCAUGCGCCGAGAAAAGGAAAAAAACUGCUCGUUCUCGACCUCGACUACACGCUCUUUGACUGCAAAUCUUUGGCAGGCAGCAUGGAAGACCUCAAGCGGCCGUUUCUCGAUCGUUUCAUGCAGGAAGUCUUCGAGGACUACGACAUCGCUGUGUGGAGUCAGACGCACUGGAAGUGGGUGGAGAUGAAGUGCACGGAGCUCGGCUUCCUGACCUCUUCCAAAUACCAUCUUUGCUUCGUUCUCGAUCGAAGACAAAAGAAAGGGAAAGGUUCGUCUCAGGAGGCAGGCGUCGAACUCCGGACCCACGAGGUCAAAGCUCUCGAGCUGAUAUGGCGGAAAUUUCCCGAGUUCUGGAACGCGAGCAACACCGUCCACGUCGACGAUCUGUCACGGAAUUUCGUCUUCAAUCCCAAAAACGGAAUCAAAGUUUCUGCCUACAGAAGAGAGAAGCGAAAUAACGACACAGAGCUGCUGCUUCUCAGCAUCUAUUUGAAACGCAUUGCGCAGGAAUCAGACGUUCGAAAUAUCCCGCACAAGCACUGGAAAAUCCGAGCAGCAGAAGAGGCGCGCCGUGGAGGGCUCGUCUCCGAGGACGUCACCCGUUUGGCUAGAAAAGCAAAGGAAUCCAACGGCGAUUAA